AGCAGACGAGGUUUUUAUUUCCGUCUGCAGCUGCGCGCCUGCGCCUGAGCACACAGUCACAUACAUUAGUUAUUACGCAAGUCCUUGACCCAUAGGCCAAUUAUUAUACUUUCCGUGAAACGUUACGUACUAUUCAGGGAACCAUUCCAAGGCCGGAUUAUUUUCAUUUACAGACGUUCUCAAACAAUUCAAUCUUUCGUCAACCUUGAUACAAGGCGCAUCGUGUCUCUGGCCAUUUUUUCUCAGGAUGUUGGGUCUGUAACAUUUUCGAUUUUACCCAUUGUAAAUGCAACAAGUUAACAUGGAUAAGACAAACUCUAGCUUUGGCAUGUCCAAUGCUAGCUCAAGAGUUUCCAUUUUUUUAUCGAACAUGAGGUAUGAGCAUCUUAUAGCAGGAAUAUCUGGUGGAGUUGCAUCCACAUUGAUUCUUCAUCCUCUGGACUUGAUCAAAAUCAGAUUUGCAGUUAGUGACGGUCAGCUGAGUAUACGACCUCAGUAUUCUGGAUUAUAUGACGCAAUAUGUAGUAUAACUCGUUCAGAGGGGAUCCGCGGUUUAUACAGAGGUGUUGCACCCAAUGUCUGUGGAGCUGGAUGCGCUUGGGGAUCCUACUUCUUUUUUUACAAUGCCAUCAAAGUAGAAAUGCAAAAUGGAGAUCCCACUGUAGCAUUAAGCCCUACAAAACACAUGUUAGCGGCUGCUGAAGCAGGUGUAGCGACUCAAAUAUUGACAAAUCCUAUAUGGGUCGUGAAAACUCGUCUCUGUCUACAAUACGGACCCGAAACAGUCAAACUCUCUGAAGAAAAAAGAUACAAGGGAAUGGUCGAUGCUCUAGUCAAGAUGUACCGCUAUGAAGGUAUUCGCGGUUUGUACAAAGGAUUCGUGCCUGGAAUCUUCGGUGUUUCACAUGGUGCCCUCCAAUUCAUGGCUUACGAAGAGAUGAAGAAUAGUUACAAUAAUUACCGAAAUUUACCAAUUGACACAAAAUUGGCCACAAGUGAAUAUUUGUCGUUUGCUGCCCUGUCAAAAUUGUUUGCCGCAACGGCUACUUACCCAUACCAAGUAGUGCGAGCAAGAUUACAGGACCAAUACCGCGACUACAAGGGCGUCAUGGAUGUGAUAUCGCAGACGUGGAGGCAUGAGGGUGUGAGAGGCUUUUACAAGGGAUUGCUCCCUAACUUACUGAGGGUCACUCCGGCCACGGCUUUAACAUUCGUCGUCUACGAGAAUGUAUCCCACGCGUUGAAAUCCCUAUCCAGUGGUCCAAGGAAUCAUCCAACCGAGAACAAGGAUCAAACCCCAGCUAAACAAAAUGCAAGCUCAUCAACAUCCUUAACGCCCAAAACUUAACACAAAUUCCAGUCGUAUGUUUCCUUCCCUGUUAGAGUGAAGUCGAAUACAUUUGUUGUUGUUUCUUUAA